AUGGAUGGAGCGCGGCUGCUGCAGCUGACAGACCCGAGCCUAACCGAGUCGGGGGUCGCGGAUGCGGCGGCACGUGAGCAGCUCCUCGCAGCGCGGGACGCGCUCGUGUCGGCGGGGCACGAAGGCGAUGCCCCCCAGAAGCAGCCCGAGCAGUCGCAGCAGGAGGCACAGCAGGCGCAGCAGGGCCUCACGGAGCAGCCCGCAGCUGCCGCGCCGCGCGGGCCCGUGCUCACAGGCAGCUCCGCGCUGCCCCGCGCCGGCAGCGGCGCGGGCGCCGCCGCCGACGCGGGGCAGGCUCCGGCGGGCAGCGGCGCGGCGCUCACGAGCUUCGAUCUCGCGGGAUCAUCCAGGUCGAGCGCUAGCCCCGCGGCCGCGGCGAUGGCGGCCGCGUUCGAGGCAGCGGCGGCGGCCCGCCAGUCCCAGAAUGACCCACUGAAAUUCGCGGCCAGGCUUGCAGCGGCCGAGCGCGCGACCGAGGCGGCCGCCGCGAGCAUGGGCGUGCCGCUGCCGCCUCCGGGCGCGGCCGCGGCCGCGGCGCCCGCGCCCGCGAAUGCGACCGCGGCGAAGCCGGCGGCGGGUGUGAGCGAUAUGUCGGUCGGGCAGUCUGGCGCCAGCAGCAGUCCCCUCCUGCCGCCUGUGCCCAGCGGCGCCGGCACACGGCGGCACUCGGCGUCCAUCGAGCUGCCAGACAGGGCGCUCAUGUACGUCGUGCGGGCGACCGCAAACGGACGGCUUUUCAGGACACAGCAGGAGGUGGCUCGCGGCCUGCAGCCGCUCGCGUCGCACCUGAGCCUCUUGUACGACCUCAAGCGCAGCUCGCACUACCACCUGCUCAACUGCCGCUCGCUGCUGUGCCGCCUGGUCGCCGCCUUUGACCUUCUUUCCGAGACGCCGCAGCUGCGGCCGCCGCGGCCGGGCCCGGGCGGCCAGCCGGUGGCGCUCGGGGGCCGGCUUUCGGAGGACCCUUCACAGCCGGGCGCAAGGGGCGGCGCCAGGGGCGCCGCGAGCAGCGCCGGCGGCGCCGGGGGCGCGGGAGGGGGCCGGCUGAGCCUGGGCGGCGGCGGCGCCGCAGCCGCAGCCGCCGCAGCCUCAGCGGCGCCGGUCGGCGCGCGGUGCGGCAGCAGCGCGGGCGAGGUGCUGGCGACGCAGCUGGAGGACUUGGUGUCAGAUGCUCAUGACCUUUUCGCGCAGUUCUCAGAGCCCGGCUGGCUGUCGCGGCUGCUGCAGCCGGUGCAGGACGUGGAGGACUUCCAGCAGCUGGACGCGGCCCUUAGGGCGGCCGUCUCUGCCGCGCUCGCGGCAGCCGGGCUGGACGCGCCGCCCGCGGGCACGACCGUCGACCUCAGCCAGCCGGCGGCGUUCACGCCGCUGCAGGCGCAGCUGGCGAAGGCGCUCGAAAACAUUGGCGGCAUGGAGGGCGUCAUUCGCGAUUACGCCACCGCCGCACGCCGCCUCGCGCCCGGCAUGGUGCCGCCGCCGUCGGGGCAGUCGUUCGAAUCCCUCAUUGCAGAGGAGGCCGACAUGUGGUUAGCCACCGCACGCGACGCGUCAGGGCUGUCCCUGACGACGUCCCAGGGCGGGGCGGGCGGCAGCCUGCAGUCUGCGGCGGCCGACGGCUCGUUUUCUGUCGCCCGCAGCAGCCUCAGUGGCCGCGGCUCCGCGCUCCGCGGAGGCGUCGAGGCGAGCAGCGGCAGCUGGCGCGGCCCGCGCGGCGGCGUCGAGCCGAGCGGCGGGAGCGGGCGCAGCUCGUCGGUGGGGGGCGCGGGCGGGGGCGGGGCGGAGCCGGGCAGCGUGCUGCGGCAUUUGGCGCUGCGGGCGGAGUGGCAGCGGCGCAUCGGGGCGAAGGAGCGCGUGCCGUGGCGGGAGUUCUGGUACAAGCUCGUCCAACCUCAGGCCCACGCCUGGGGCCUGGAAACGAAGCUUGACAAGUUCUCGGUUGACUUCCUGCAGCACCAGCUGGAGCGCGGGCCCCACGGCCGCCUGACGCUGGAGAUGCUCGAUUUCGCCUUCCCGCCAAACGCGCCCAUCUCGACCGCAGUGCAGGCGCGUAUCUCCGCGCCCCCUCGCCGCGACGCCACCGCCGCCGCGAUGCAGCAGGCGCACAUCCAGUUCAGCUUGAAGCUCGGCCCCUCCACAGCUUCAAUGCAGUCGGGCCCGCUGUCCAACUUUGGGGCUGCGCCCGCGCUGGUGACGUCGAGGAUGCUGGGCGGCGGCGGCGGGCUGCUGCCAGAGGUCACCCCAGGGCUGCACUACUUUCCAGAGUUCAUCGAAGGCCGGCCGCGGCGCGAUCAAGACCUAGCAGAUCUGGUGCUCAGCAUGCAGGACAUCUCCACAAACCUGGUGGUGGUGAUCGGCCCCAACGGCAGCGGCAGAUCCGCGCUGGCGGCUGCGCUGGCGUCGGACCUAGUGGCAACGGGGCACUGGGUGGAGGCGUAUUGGACGGACCUGGGGGGCGUGGCCACCGCCACCACCGCAGGCAUCCAGAUGCUGUCGUGCAUGGGCCUGAUAACCGACGCCCCAGACCCCAGCCAGCUGCUGGCCUGGCUCGAGUCGCGCAGCGGGGAGCGAUUCGGGAUCGUCUUGACGCACACUGACAGGAUACUGGGCGGCCCCGCGGACGACCAGGCCGGCCUCCUGGAUCUGGCGUGCAGCAAGCUCCAGAUCGUCCUGGUCAGCGACGACCACCUGGAGCGCACCGCCUACAACGCGCGCACCCUGGAGCUGGGGCCGCUGCCGAACGAUGCGGUGGCGGGGGCGCUGAAGGCGACGCACCCAGACAUGCCUGAGGACGCCGCUUCCCGCCUGGCAGAGGCCUGCAACGGCAGCAUGCUGGGGCUCCAGAUCGUGUCCGGCCUGCUUGGCCACGGCUACUGUGGUCCGGGCGACCUGAUUCGCCUGCUGGCCGACCCCAACCUGCCUUCCACUACGUCCCGCGCCGGCUCUGGCGCGACGCCCACCUCUGGGGCCGACCGCCACGACAGCGGCGUGCCCAACAGCGAGCGCGAGUGCCUGCAGCGCCUGCUGGUGGGGGCGAUGGUCGCCCUACCAGAGGACCUGUGCAACGCUCUUCUGGUCCUGUCGCUGCUGCCGGCGCCCUUCUCAUAUGAAGACGCCGCGCAGCUUCUCGCGCACCCCGCCAGCGGCGUGCAGCGCCGCGGCCUGCUGCGGCGGCUGGUGGCGGUCGGGCUCAUGGAGUGGCAGCCGGGGAGGCGGCUGUACAGCCUGCCAGGGGCGGUCAGGGAGGCGGCGCUCGUGCUGGCGAAUUCGCUGGGGAUGGAGUACGCCGAGUCGCGCAGUUCGUACCUGCGGCACGUCAUACUGUGCGUCAAGGGCGGCGCGGUGGCGCUGUUUGAGGCUGGCCACCACCUGGCCGCUUUUGUGGCAUGGCAAAUGUACCAGGUCCAUGUAUCCCAGAUCGUCUCCUCGGCGCUGUCCCAGGGCGUCCGGGAGGAGGAGCUGCCGCUGCUGACAGACCUCCUGUGGGACGCGCUGCCCCUCAUGACGCGCACGUGCAGCGGCAACCUGCUGCAGGGGUUCUGCCAGAAGCUCCUGGACAAGGCCACGCUGCUGGACCGACGCGUGGACGUGUCGCGCGUGGGCACCAUGUUUGGGGCCCUGCUGGCGGAGGCGGGCGCGUUCCGCCGCGCCGAGCCGCUGCUGCGCAACGCCCUGGAGCUGAUGUGGCGCGAGCUCCGCGGCCCGCACCCCUACACCGCCCGCUGCUACGCCGUGCUCGGCGCGAUGCUGGCGCGGGCCGGGAAGCUGCAGGAAGCCGCCACGCAGCUGCAGCAGGCCGUGGAGAUCAUGCAGGUGUUGGCCGGGGUGAGCAACCGCGGCAGCACCAACGGCGGCGACUCCAGCUUUAAUGCGGACGCCGCCGCCGCGGCCGCCGCGAGCGGCAACUCUGUGUCGCAGGCCGCCGACGCCGCGGACGCGCUUGGCGUCCUCCGCGCGGCCCGCAGCAGUGGCAGCGGCGGCCUGCUGCCCUCCGGCGUCGCCGCGCGGCUGCUGCCGGUGCUGCUGCAGCUGGCGGAGGUGCGGCGGCGGCAGCGGCGGCGCGCGCUGGGCGUGGCGGGCAUGUGCUACCCGCCGAGCCACCCGGAGGUCGCUGGGAUCAAAAACGCGCUGGCGCAGGUGUUCCGCAUGUCUGGCGCGCUGCCCGAGGCGGCGGCGCUGCACCAGGAGGCGCUGUCUAUGCUGGAGGCCGCACUCGGCCCCGAGCACCACAAGGUCGCUGCCACGCUGUCUUCCCUGGGGUCGCUGGCGCUGCAGCGGGGCAACGCGGCGGCGGCGGAACAGUACUACCGAAAGGCCCUACAGGUCUGCCAGGCGGUGCAGGGGCUGAACCACCCCGACACCAGCACCUGCCUCACGCAGCUGGUGUCGCUGCUGCGCGGCGCCAACAAGGCCGCCAACGCGCUGCCCCUGGCGCAGCGCUGCCUCUCGAUCAAGCGCCAGGUCCUGGGGGACACCCACGCUGAGGUGGCGGCGGCGAUGCAGACCGUGGCUGACGUCAUGCUGGACCUCGGAAGGUACUCUGAGGUGGAGAAGCUCUGCAGCCGCGCCGCCAGCAUACUGCUGCAGGCGCCCCCCUCGACCCUCGGCCGCGGCGGCAGCGCCAGCGGCGCCGGCGGUCUGCGGCCGGUCCUCGUCGCGCAGACGAUGCAGGCGCUCGCGCUCGUGCUGAUGGGGCGCCCCGCCGAGGCAGAGCGGCUGGCAAGAAGCUGCUUGGAAGCUGCGGAGCAGCAGCUGCCGACGGAGGGGCCCGCGGCGGCGGAGCGGAACCGGCUGGUGGCGUCCGCGAGCAACUGCCUGAGCGAGGCGCUGCGCGAGCUGGGGCGGCUCGACGACGCGGAGGCCGCCUGCAGGAAGGGGCUAGCGCUGAGGGAGAAGGAGUUUGGCCCAGACCACCCCGCGGUCGCGCUGUCGCUGCAGUCGCUCGCCCUUGCGCUGCGCGCAAAGCAGCAGCUGCCCGCAGCGGCCGAGGCUGCGACGCGGUGCCUGGGCAUCAGGGCGCAGCACAAGAGCACGGCAGAAGGCCCCUUGAUGGCGGCGGCGCUGAAUCUCAAGGCCCUGGUGUGCGUCGACUCUGGUGACCUGACUGAGGCGCUCAACCUGGCCCAGAAGGGCCUCGAAAUCCGCCAGAAGACCCUGGCAUCAGAUCAUCCCGAUCUGGCGCAGAGCCUGGCCUGCGUCGCAGAGACGCUGCUGCUGCUGGGGCGUCGUACCGAGGCAGAGCCUAAGCUGACGAGCGCGGUGCAGAUCCUGAUCGGGCGCCUAGGGUCGAGCCACCCAGCCACCCAGAAGGCGCAUGUCAUGCUCAAGGAGGCGGCAAUGGCCGGCACGAGCAGCACCACGCCGCUCCUCAGGUCCCGUAUGGGCGGCGACACGCAGCAGCAGCAGCAGCAGCAGCAGCAGCAGCAGCAGCAGCAGCAGCAGGGCGGAGCCGGAGGCGGAGGCGGCGACGCGGCGCGCACGCCGCAGCGCCCCGCGCCGGCGACGCCCGGGGACAAGGCCGAGGGCACGCCGCCCGCGCUGCCGAGCGCUCUCACGCUCAGCGGCGUCACCGCGGCGCUGGGGAGCGGCACGGAUUACUCAGAGGACGAGGACUCCUCGUCAGAGCCCUCCCCGCCGGCGUCUCUCCGCGAGCAGGAGUCUGUCGGGCGCGGCGGGGAUGCCGGGGCCGCGGCCCCGUCGUCGGGCGCGCGCGGCGGCGGUGGCGGUGGCGGUGGCGGCGGCGACGGCGACAGCGACGCGGGGGCAAUGGACCAGCUGACUCAGCGAAUAGAGUCCAUGCGGAUCAGCCCCAAUAACAUAGAUGUGGCGGCGCUCAGGGACUUCUUGAAGGAGCACGGGCACUACUCGUUCUACAAUCCGGCCGCCGGCCCGCCCGGCGCCGCCGAGGCAGCAGCGGGCAGCCCGCUGGCCACCCAUCCCGAGGUGCCCGCCUCCCCCGGCACGUCCACGGGGGUGGCGCAGCCCUAUCAGCCCGCCUCCCCCCACCAGUCGGCCCCGCUGCCCCCGCUGGAGCAGCAGCAGCAGCACGCGGCGCUGCCGCCGCAGCGGCGGCCGCCUACUUCCUCUAGGAGCUUCGGGUGCGCGGCGGACCUGCAGGGCAGCCUGCAUCACAUGCGCGCGCAGCGCAUGGCGCCUGCUGACGCGCUUGAGGAGGAGCUGGAGGACCUGCAGGCUGAGCUGGCGGCGCAGCAGCGGCAGCAGCAGCAGCUGGCCCUGCAGGAGCAGCAGCUGCACUCCAGCGCGCCCCAGCUGGCGCCCAGCCCCUUUGCAGGCCCCGCGCCCACUUGGCUCGGCGCCGCGCCGGCGCAGCCGCCCCCGUCGCAGCAGCAGCAGCAGCAGCAGCAGCAGCAGGGAGGCGGCGGCGCGUGGGCGCUGCAGCAACACGGGAGCGGGGGCGUGGCCGCCAUUGUGGCGGCGUGGCCGCCGCCGUCGGGCGCGGCGGCCGCGCGCGCGGCCCCGCGCGCCAGUGGCAGCCCCCGCGCGGCCGCCGCCGCGGCAAGGGCACUUGGCUCCCCGCUGACGGACGGCGGCGACGCGCCGGCGUCGGCGGUGCGCUAUCCCCAGAGCCCUGGCAGUCCCAAGAAAGGGUCCCCCAUGCGAUCAGUCUCCUUUGCAAACGGCUUCAACGCCGGCGAUGCGAGGUGGGACGGCGCCGCGCCCACCGCGCCCCGGCCGGCGGAGAACGUCGAUGACACCGCCGCCAGCGCGGCGCCGGCGCCGGCGCCGGCCGCGGCGACGCCGACGCCGCCGCUGAGCACGGCGGGCAGCGGCGCCGGCGGCGUCGCGCCCGCCCACCUGCCUUCCAUGCUGACAUCAUCGUCGUCCCAGCGCGGCCCCCUGACGGCGCAGUGGGGCCCCCAGCCGCCGUCCCCCAACACGCUCGCGGCGCUAGUAGGGGACGCGGGCGCCGCCACCGCGGGCCUGCCGCCCUCCCGUGCGCAGCCGCGCCACGGCGGCGGCGUGGCGGGUCCGCAAGAGGUCGGCGGCGGGGUGCGGAUGCCGUCGCCGUUUGGCGCGCCGCCGCUGCAGCAGCAGCACCAGCAGCAGCCCUAUGUACCCCUGUACCCCUCUUACUCGGGCGGCGCCCCCCGCCCGGCGCCGUUCCCGCAGCACACGCGCGUGCCCAGCGGCGGCGCCGGCGGGGCCGUCGGCGCGGCGGCGUUUGCGGGGUUUUACUCGCCGCCGCAGCAGCCGUCCGGGGGCAUGCCUUAUGGUCCUGGGUUCUACGGGCCCCCAGCGCCGGGCGCAGGCUAUGGAUCCGGUUACGGGCCAGGCUACGGCCCGGGCGGCGCUGCGCCGCCCAGCUACCCUUACCAGGCACCGCCGCCGGCGCGGCAGCUGCCGGGCGGCUACUAUGCGCCGACCGCGGACAACCAGCAGCAGCCACAGCCUCAGCAGCGGCUGGGCGGCCUCUUGAGCCCCACGCCGCCCGGCAGCAGCGCCGGCCCCAGCCCCUCUGCGCAGUACGGCCCCUCGAGCGCGGCAGUUGCCGCCGCCCACGUCCUCCGCGCCGCCGGCGCGGGGCCGCACGUGCGCGGCGUGGCGGGGCGCGACAGCCCGGCGCCGUCCGGGUCUGAGCGGGACGCGUAUUUGGGCGGCGCUACCUCCUCGAGCCCCCAUUCCUCGGCCAACCGCACCCCGGGGCUGUCAAGGGGCACGUCGGACAAUCAGGAGGCGCAGGUCUUGAUGGCCCACGCGCAGGCGAUGGCGGACGAGCAGCACCACGUGCUGCAGAUGGCGAUGCAGCGCGCCGCCGCGCAGGCCGCCGCUGCGCAGCAGGCUCAGCAGGCGCAGCAGUACUACGAGGCUGCCGCGGGGUACGACCCGCAGGCAGUUGCGGGGUGGGACGCCGGUGCAGGGGGCCCGCAGCUGGGCAUGCCGUCUGGGGCGAUGCAGUAUCCGCCGCCCGCGUACCCCGACGUCCCCCGCGGCGGCCACACUGCCGUCCACUGGCCGCCGUCGCUGCAGCAGCAGCACCCGGGCGCCUCCUGGGCGGCGCAGCUGCAGCAGCCGUACGCCGCGCCGCUGCCGCGGCAGGACCCGCGAUGGCGCGCGGGAGCGCCGCUGCCGCGCGGGGGCCCGCCGACGGCUCGCGAGGAGGAGGGUGGGGACGCGUGGACAGACACGACUAGCACCGCCAGCGGCGUCGCAUGGGGCGGCGGCCCCGAGUAUGGCCCCCGCGCGCGAUCGGCCAACGCCGCCGCGGCCGGCUACCCGCAGCCGUACGGCCCGCUGCCGCCGCGGGUCACUGCAUCGUCCAGCUUCACGCUGGGCGCGCAGCAGCCGCCGCACUACCACCCGCAGCACCCCGCCGCAGGCGCAAUCUGA